UAAAUUCUACGUUGGUAGAAGAGUCCAAGGUUCGUAUGCAGUUGUGGAAACUCUCAGUAGGCAAAUGGUCUUGUAAAUGCCUCUAUACUAGAUAAUACUCGCUCGAACAGCUACAAAUGGCAGCCUCAUUCUGUAGCGUGAUAAUGCUUGGAUCUGGUUUUGGGAAGCUUAGCAAAGACCUCUUGAAUCAGCAAGACACUGCAAGCUUGAGAAGCCCUUCUCCAUAUGCUGGCAUACUACCCUGUUCAUGGCCCAGCAUUCAAACUGUUUUCAAUAGGACUCUUGCAAGGUGGUCGGAAGUCCAGCGGCAGCAACGAUGUCAGGGGACUUCCUCCAGGAGCAUGGCAGAGCACUCUAUCAAUAAUUUUGACGAGAAAAAGGAAGACGUUUCUAGGGCUACCUUGAUAUGGAGGGCAAUCAAAUUACCAAUGUACUCUGUUGCCUUGGUUCCUCUCACUGUUGGGAGUGCUGCUGCAUAUUUGCAGAACAGCCUGUAUUCAGCAAAGAGAUAUUUUAUCCUCUUGGCUUCCUCUGUUCUAAUAAUUGCUUGGCUAAAUUUAAGCAACGAUGUUUAUGAUUUUGAUACAGGAGCAGAUAAGACCAAGAAAGAGUCUGUUAUAAAUAUUGCUGGCAGCCGUACAGGAGUUCUAUUGGCUGCCUGCAUGCUACUUGUUCUUGGUUUCAUGGGACUGGCUUGGGUAUCUGCAGAGACUGGGAGUAUGCGCUCAAUCUUAUUGCUAUCUGGUGCAAUUAUUUGUGGCUACAUAUAUCAGUGCCCGCCAUUUCGGUUAAGUUAUCAAGGACUUGGAGAGCCUCUGUGCUUUGCAGCAUUUGGCCCCUUUGCUACAACUGCUUUUUACUUAUUGCAGAGCAGCACAAGUGAGCUUCCCAUAACUGGCACAAUCCUUUCUGCAUCAUUCCUUGUUGGCAUCACAACAUCUCUAAUCCUUUUCUGUAGUCACUUUCAUCAGGUAAAGGGAGAUAUUGCUGUUGGUAAGAUAUCCCCUUUGGUUAGGUUUGGCACAAAAACAGGUUCAGAGAUAGUGAAGGUGGCUGUGAUGACUCUUUAUUUGCUUCUACUUAUUUCCAGUCUUAGCAGAGCCCUUCCUUUUACAUGCAUCCUUCUUUGUUCCCUGACCUUACCCAUGGGAAAACUAGUUGUCAACUAUGUCGAAGAGAACCAUAAGGACAAUGCAAAGAUCUUUAUGGCAAAGUAUUAUUGUGUGAGAUUGCAUACCUUAUUUGGAGCUGCGUUGGCUGCUGGACUGGUAGCAGCCAAAUUGGUCCAUGGGAGAAGCAUCCUCUAAGCUUUUCGGUUUGAUGUCCCAAUCAGGGCUCUUUGCAGAAGCCGAUCAGUGGAAGAGAUGCAUCUUACAGCUGAUCCUAGAGGUAAGAGGUCACUGACAGGGCUCUUUCAUGGCUGUUUACAUCAAUUGUAAAGGUUUAGUUUUCUUUUAUUUGCUGCUGUGAACGAGCAGAAAAAAAACUAGAACCAAGCCCAAAUUGGCAUUUUUGUUCCCUUUUAGGCUUAAACAAUUUGCUAAUCUGAUGGGACUGGUGCAAAGAUUUAUUACAAAA